AUGGUCCAUAUCACCGCUCUGCCCAGCGAGCUUCUUGCUCUCAUAGUCUCUUACCUCGAUCCAUCAUCUUUGAAGAAAUUGCGCCAGACAUGUCACCUUCUCUCAUUUUUCGCUACUCAGCUGCUGUUUAAUACCGUUGAACUGUAUCCUACUGAGGACAGCUAUGAGAUUAUGGAUGGCAUCUCAAAGAGUUCAACGUUAAAGUAUGCGGUUAAAAAGGUGUAUAUCAACACAUACAACCCUUCAUAUGGUUUGGAAGAUAAGGAAGAAGCCUACUUCCCAAGAGAGUUUGAAAACAGAAUUCUGCAGCUUAAGCACUUAUCAAAAGUGCAAACCGCCAUCGUACAAUUUGACCUGCGUUCCGGCAUAUUUAGGCGUCAUUGGAUUCUCAUGCGUCCUCAGACCGCUGCCUUUCGCAAGAAGGCUCUCAGUGUCCUCUUUGAAUGGCUGGCUUCACUUGAGGUACCUCUGCAAUCCUUGGGUAUUCAGCAUCUCCAGUAUAUCAACAAAGACGACGAAACAUCCAAUAGAAUCACCAAGGUGCUGCGGAAUUUGCGAUCUCUUCGAUUGAGCAUUGUGAGAGAGCACAAGCCUGCCACAACACUAGACGCUGCCGAAUUUUGGUCCCAGAACCAAUCCAGUCUAUUUCCCAAGUCGCAAUCCAUUUUUACAGAGCUUCCGUCAGUGUGGCUGAAACCGACCGCGUCGUCUCUUGAACACCUCACCCUUUACUGCGGCAGUUGGUUUGGGUUUUGCCCAAAGCUUGAACUAAGCGAGCUUCACUUUCCGCAUCUCAAAAGCCUUGCAUUGGGAAGUUUUAGCUUCUUCCAAGACUCCCAGCUGGAAUGGAUUCUCUCGCAUGGUGCCACAUUAAAUGAAUUGUCUCUGGACGAUUGCAUGAUCCUCUACGAUCUGUCUCUUCAGGAAGACAAGCUGGGCGAGUUUUCAUUCGACGAAGGCGAGAUGGAACUCCGCCGUGAGGGUGACGGCGAGCUAGGGUACUACCGCUCCUACGACAAACGUUGGCAUCAUUACUUCGACGCUUUCCGAACAAGGCUGCCUCGCCUGCGGUGUUUUCGGAUCGGGGCUAGCGACUGGCGUCGUGGUGUGCCAUUGGAGUCGGAAACUGAAAUAAGAAUCGGCUUACUUGUGGACAGAUAUAGAGUGUUCUAUGAUGGGCAUGCGCGGAAUCCAUAUCUCAAGGUCAAUUUUGGUCCUGAACCUUGGCAAAGGGGUGCACCAAAAUGCAAUGAAGAUGAUCGCGAGUCCUUGCGCUUACUGUUCAAGCAUAUUGGACAAGAAGUGGAGGAAAGUUGGUUAUGGUCAUUGCGCGAGAUUUGGGUUGAGAAUCUGAUAGAGGUGAGGUCAUGA